AUGUCUUCACCAAGUUAUUAUACCUGCUCAUUAUGCAAAAAAGUCAUGCUGAAGAAAAACUUGUACACUCACCUCAAGGUUGUACACAAGAAACUUGCGGAGGAAGUGCUGGAAAUCCGCGAAGAGAUUGCCAGGGAAAGCGGGGCAGCUAAGGUAACUUGCCCUCUAUGCCAUGAAACUUUUACCUCUCAUGAAGGGCUCGCACUACACUGUGAAAGAACUCACUCCGAGGACGGUGCUUGCGGACGACCCCAGAAUUAUUCCGCUAUUUCAAAAAGCUUUGAAAGUCGUGAAGAAUACGAGCAAUGGUUCACGAGAAUUUGUCAGGAAACAUGCACGACGUUUUCUAAAGAGCAUAAAGAAACUUCGGCUUCUUCGAUUAAACAAAGAUUCCUGUGCAAUCGAGCGGGUAAGUAUGAAUCGACUGCAAAGCAGAGAACUACCGCUAGUAGAAAAGAUGUCCACUACUGCUCUUGUCAUUUGGUGGUGUACUUUAACGCAGAUGGGACGGUAGUAGUGAAAGGCUGUCUUGGCCAUGUUGGACACGAGCUGGAUCCGGCUUUGCUGAAACUUUCACACCAUCAAAUUAUGUACUUGAAAAAGCUGCUCGAAGAGCACUCCAUGGAAUAUAUUAUACGCCGUAUUCGCAAGGAAGACCCGACUAAAUCCACUAAGCUGUCAUUUGUUGUAAAGAUGGAUCUUUACAAUAUUGUGAAGAAAUACCAUAUGGCGCCAGGCUGGAGGCAUGACGACGAUCUGACUUCUUUGCUACUUCGCUUUGAAGAGAAGAACCCCGAUGACGGAAUAAGGCGUUUUGAUCAACCCAAAGAUCCGAGUGGUAAAGGCCUCCUACUGGGAAGAACGCCGAGCUGGGCCUCAUUCGCGCAUCAAGGUGCCAUUCUUGACACUACAAUGAUUAGCGAGCGGUUCCACUUGAGAAUCAAAGAUGAGUUCCUCCACCGAAACGCAAACUCGCGCCUCGACAGCUUCGUCGACCUUCUAAUAAAGUCCGUUGAGGAUCUAUCGGACUCACUAGAAGUAAAGGACCGCCGUCGUUUCGCCAAAUCUGCGUACAGGUUGCAAGAAAAUCACAAACGGCACAGGACUGCAAUCGCCAUAUACGAAGCAAACCCUAACUUAGUCGUCAGUAUAGAAGACAACAAGUGGCAAGUCUAUAACAAGGAAUCGACGAAAAGCUCCGAAGUAACAUAUGAAGGGCCAUGCACAUGUGACAGCACGAAAAACACGCAUUGUCUCAACUGCGGAGUAUGUGCUUACGCCUGGAGCUGCACUUGUCUGGAUAACAGAAGUGGAAUCUGCUGUGCUCACAGACAUGCUGUGAGGAUACUGAACCCGGACAGGCUACCAGUGGAAACAUUAGCCACAACAUCACAAGUAACAGUAUCUUCAUCGUCAGAAGUUGACUUGGGUGAACCCAUAACCCCAGCACAAGAGCGUCGUGAAGCACGCUACCAGAAAUUGGGGGCUAUCAGAAGUGCAUAUGCUGUGAUAGAUGGCGCUGCUACAGUACUGGCUAAAGAUGACACAGAUGAAGCAAUGCAACACUUGGAAGAGAUCCUCUGCUAUAUGCAACUCGCAGCAAAAGUUGCACAACCUUCACCAUCAAGCUCCUUAGCCGCUCGGCCCGAGAUGACUCAAAGUGGAGGUAAACCGCAACUAACCAAAAUGCAACUCUACCAGCGUGGGAAGGGAAAGAAGUCGAAGGAACCGACGCAAGACCUUCACGAAGAGCUCAGACAAUUGAGAGGAUUGGAAGGCGACGCGAAUGGAGACCGAUUUCAUUGA